UCCCGGCGCUAUAUAGGAGGGAGCUGGGCUGCAGACAGAGCCACUGCUGCCUGCUUUAGCCAUCGCUCACACUCUUCUCGUGGCCGAGGAUAACUACAGCCUGCCAAGAUGUGCAAAGGAUUAGCAGCGCUGCCCCACACGUGCCUGGAGAGGGCCAAGGAGAUCAAGACCAAGUUGGGCACACUGCUCCAGAAGCCCGACUCAGCCAUCGACUUCAUCAUCCCCUACCCGGAGAAGCCGGAGAAGCCACCCAAGGCCCAGAAGCCGUCACCGGAGGAGGCUCUGCAGUGGCGCGAUUCCCUGGAGAAGCUCCUGCAAAACCCCUAUGGGCUCGCCAGCUUCCGCAGCUUCCUGCGCUCCGAGUUCAGCGAGGAGAACGUUGAGUUUUGGGUGGCCUGUGAGGACUACAAAAAAACCAAGUCCCCCAUGAAGAUGGCAGAGAAGGCCAAGAAGAUCUAUGAGGAGUUCAUCGAGACUGAGGCACCCAAAGAGGUGAACAUCGACCACUUCACCAAGGCUGUGACCAUGAAGAACCUGGUGGAGCCAUCGCCAACCAGCUUUGACAUGGCCCAGAAGAGGAUCUUUGCCCUGAUGGAGAAAGACUCCCUGCCCAGAUUUGUGCGGUCGGAGUUUUAUCAGGAGUUAAUCAAGUAGCAAUGUGGCAGGGCUGUGCGAGGCAUUCCCCGCGGGCGGUCCCACUGCUUCUGUCUUAACACCUGCCCCUUCUCCUGCAGCUGCUUUGCUUUCUUGAUACCUGCCUAAAAGAGCACCCAGGAGUGUUGCUAAACAUCUCCCCCCGUGCUUUGGACUGUCAGAUGGCCCACUGUUUCCUCUCUUACAGUCUCUUUCCUCUCCCACAAAAUUAGCAGAAACCCCUGGUGAUCCUCCCUGGGUUUGGGACCCACAAGGGUGGUGGAGCAGCCCCAGCCCUGCAGUGACCGGGAGGCACUCGGGCAGCUGGUGCACCCUUGGCGCUGUGGGGCUCAGAGGUCCUUAGGACUUCUUAGGACAUGACACUUUUUCUCCCAGUUUUGCCCAUAUCACUGGUUUGGCCCAGGCUCUCCCCCUCCUCCCAGCUUCCUGGGGUGUCGCGGAGGCUGCACGGGGUACCCAAGGGGUUCCUGCUGGCCAAGUCCAGGGCACCUGCAGCCCUGGGGUGCAGGGUGGGUCAUGUCCACCCCGCGAUUGGCAUCACCUCGUCUUCAGGAAGCAGCCCACCAGCAGGCACAGGGAGGGGCGCAGGGCAGGGAUGGUGGUGGGGCAGGGAGAGGGCUGCAGGGCAGAGCUGGGAGCUCCAUGGCCGUGUGCUCCGGGGUGCAGCUGGUGGGCACGAGGGGUGGGCAGCGCCGCUUCCCCAGGGACUCCGCUUGGAGAGACCCACCAGACACCCUGUUUGCUUCACACUGAAGACAGCAAAGAGGAUAAAACAAGAUCCGUUUGUUCAAACCACCGGGGCUGUUUAGCCACCCAGACCUCUCGCUCGCUCCGACCCCGCGCACGACGUCCUGAGCUCACAGCCUGCAGCCUCUGCCCGUGUCCCCAGAGCCUUCGCGCAGCCCUGAGCGAUGCUGGUGGCUGGUGCUGUGCUUGGAUUGCAGCUUCGGGGGCGCUGCCACCCUGGUUUCAUGCUCCAGUUGCUUCUCUCUGCAGUAGGCACGCCAAAGAGACACUUCUGCACAAACCCAAUCGAGGGGCAUCGAUUAGAGAAGGGAGGAAAAUCACGCUGGGGGGAAAAAAACCCCCACUGCUAAUUGCAACUGUUCAGAUCCAGUUAAAAGAAACCCAAGCAACCCAAAACCCAAACACAAAACCAUCAUUGGAAAUACGAAAAAUAAACCCUCUGUCUUCUUGAACAGACGGCAAACUCUGCUGAGUUUGUGUAGCCUGCAUCUCUCUCCUGUCUCCUCCCAUCUGCCCAGGACAUGCGGUUCCACAAGGCUGUCUCCUAAAAAGCCCAGCUCUUUUCACACAAUCCAAAGCCAGCCUACAGUUCGCUACCAGAAGAAAUCACAUCUGAGGAUGGGGCAAGGGCAUAGGUGGAAGGCUGUGGGGGUCUCGUUUCAGCCUCGCAGCCAAUGUGAGGAACCCCCUGCUCCGCGGGGCCUGGCUGUUUCACCCCUGCGAUGGUUCCCUGGUGCAGCAUCUGCAGGGCCAGGGAUCAACCUGCCCCACCAACAACCCCACAGAUGCCAGCAGAAUUCCAAGCCAGCGUGCUGCCAGCAGGCAGCUGGGACCAGCCAGCCCCCCCGCAGGAUGCUCCACCUCGACUGCGAGUCACGAGACUCCGUGCAAAACGCAAUAACGUAAAACAACGGGUUUGCCAGCCUCUGCAAGACUUCCAAAAUCUGAUCAAAACCCAACCAGCCCCAAAUAUUUACGCAUCGUCACUAUGGUGAUGAAGAAAAGUACAUCCCGAGCUGCAGGAAGUGGGCUGCGUUUUCCAGGCAGGGAUGGGGAGGCAGGGAUAGGAUGGAGGCCACUGCAAACAUGAUUGGUUUUUGUUUCUCUGGAGCCAAUGGCCCGGGAAGUUCAGUGCUGGAGCGGCAGGGGGUGAUGCUCGCACGGCCUUCCCCCAGGGUGAGUGCUGGGGUGGCCCCAAAGAGCCACAAAGGAGCCCACAAGUGGUCCCAUCAAAAGGGCACAGGAUCCCCCCAGCAGCACCCACUGGCCAAAGCUGGUGGGCGACGAGGGGGAGGCAGAAGCGGGGCUGGGAGUGGAAGUGGGGGCUUGGCCAACCCUUCUGCCACCGGCUGCUCCCACUGCCUCUGCCCACACACCCUCCUGACGUCUCCACGAACUGGUGUCAAGAUAACUGGGGUUCAGCAUGUUCAAGCUCCCUGUUCAUGGUAUGACUCAUAGAAAUGCAAAACCAAACAGGCUUCCCUGCAGAAAGACCCAGAUCUUUCAUUUCUACUUAAUCCUUUGGCAGCUAUUUCCAGAUACUCUCACAUGAUUCACAGUUAAAUGCCAAUGCCGGGAUGCUGCUGGAGGCUGGCUUGUGACGUGCCAUCAAAACCAGAGAUGGCCCUGGCUGCGACAGCGACAGCAGGGAGAAGGUGUCUGGGUUUGUACGUGCCGAAAAGAAAGGUGGAGGCUGGAUUCAGGAGAGGUGAAAGGGCUCCAUUGGAAAUCCCUCCUCAGCUCGAUUUCUGCUGAAGCGCUGGAAGCCGGCUUUAGGGGGUGAUUGAACAGGUGCCAGGGAGCUACCAGGUGGCCAUAAAAUGUGGCCCCUGAAGUGUUUUGGAGCUCUUGGGAAGUUGUGUUUGUGUAGAAGGGUCGUUUGGCUAAUUACUCAGGCAGGCUCACCCCAGAAACGCGGCAAUGCCUGUGUCCGCCCCACAGCCCAGCUUUCCACAGGCCCAGAGGUAUUUAGUGUCGGGCUCAUACCAACCGUCAUAUCUCUGGUAGGAAAUACUUCAUGUAUUUUAUCACUCCUGCUCUCAUGACAUUUGCCAUACGUAUGAGCACUGUACACACAACAUUGUAAUGCUGUAUCCCUAUAGUCAUAUAUAAGUACACACAUAUACAUAUAUACAUACUCCUAA